AUGGAGAAUUUCAUCGAUUUACAGCCUGAUGCGAGCCUAUUGGACGCGAAUUUCGAUGGUUAUAAACUGUCAUUGGACAAGUUUCCAACGAUGAACGUAGAGCUACCUUCUGAAGGCGAGUUCUUUAGCAUUCGUAUAUUGCAAACAAGUAAUUCGCAGUAUGGCUUGGAACAUGUGAAAUUGUUUAGCGAUAUAAAUUAUCUCGUAGUUGAUAAAUUCAGCAGCGACAAUGUGAAACGUUUUUAUGUGAUUGCUGAUGAUUUAGGAGUAUAUGCGAUCACUUAUUCUGCGCAGGGAAGUACAUUUGAAUCGAUCAAAAAAGUCGCAGCAAUCAGUCUACCGGAUGACUUCAAUAGUCGCGAAGAGCGAUAUCCUGCAAAUAUUUCAUUUCCGAAUAAAAAUUUCGCAUUCAUAUCGAAUGGUUAUGGACAACUUUCGCUCUAUUCAACUGGCGAUCGUAGCAAAAGCGCAGUCUGGGAGGAAUGUUUGGAUGUGAGUAAAUUACUGGACACAAACGACAAUAAAUCAGCGGCGUUCAUAAUCGCCGAGAGUGUGUCGUUGAAAGAGGAUUGUGUGGAUGUGUUGUUGAGGAAAGUGAUACCGAAGGAGAGACACUCAUCGAAAUCACAUUUCUGGAAUAAACUUUUGUGGAUUUCUUUGACUUAUGAAUCAAACGAAUGGAAGAUGAGUGCCAAACGCGAGGUGAUUUGCGAAGGGCAUAUUGAAAUGAUAACGUUUGAUUCGUCGAUAAACAAUCUGAUAGUUGACAGCUGCGGUGAUGUGAACUUUGUCUAUGAUUCUGCGCAGAAGAUAUCCAGAAAUCAUCGAACAUCGUUAGUGGAAGAUGAGAGCGGACAAAUUGUGGAAGAAUCAAUGGAGGAAGAUAAAAAGCUGUAUUGUUGGAUGCAGUCGGAUGAGGAUGUAACAGUAGUAUUCAAUAUAGGUGAGGUGAUACAUAAAAAGGAUGUGUCGUUGACGAUGAGCUCAUCGAAAAUAAAAAUUUCCAUCAAAGGAGAGUUGCUGCUUGAAGGUGAAUUGGGCGGUGUGAUUCAUGUGGAUGGAUCCACUUAUACGAUUGAUAAGAAUAUACUCGAAUUAACUCUUUCAAAAAGUAGUGCAAUUCACUGGAAUGAAUUGAUUGUUGGUGAUCAACGAGGCAUAUAUCAGNUCACAAAUAAGUUAGAGGAUUUGUCAGGAAAUAAGAAUUUCAAUACAGAACAACUGGAGGAUUGUGAUAUGGCCGAUGAAGAAGAUAUUUAUAAAAUAAGAUGGCUCUCUGGCGAUACGCACGAUAUCAAAUAUGUGGUAUGUUUCCAGCUUUCAUAG